AUCUUCUAGCUUUGUCUUUGGUUAAUUGAUUCGACUGACGUCCAAUUUAUAUUUUCUUACUCAAAAAAUAGUAAAAAAUGGACGAUUUUGGCGAUAAUUUCGUUCAGCCUGAAGUAGAUCCAGCGGCGGAAUUCCUGGCUCGUGAACAAAACCAGUUGGCAGGGCUCGAAGACGAACUAGAGACUAGUGCUCCGCCCCCCGUUCUCUCGUCGAACAACUCGAAUGGUUUAGUGGAAGAUUUUGUUGAGGUACCCAGUGCUGCCAGUUUCGAGGCUAAUGGUCUGUUGGACGAUGAACCAGCCACAGUAUCCGUGUUCAAACAAGAGAGAGAGGAGCCCGAGAAGAUAAGAAUAUGGAGGAAAGAGCAAAAGUUGCGUCUGGAAGAGAAAGAUGCUGAAGAGGAAAAGAAGAAAGAAGAAAUGCUGAAAGUAGCCAAAAAAGAGCUGGAAGAUUGGUACAAGACUCACAAUGAACAGAUAGCCAAAACCAAAGCUGCUAACAGGGAGUCUGCUAAGAACGCGGAGAAAGCAUUAGCUCGCGGCUCCGAGGGAGACGUUGAAGACGGUAACGAGUGGACCCGCGUGGCGGAUCUCUGCGACUUCGGCCCGAGGCGCGGUCGCGAUGUCGCCCGCCUGCGCUCCAUCGUGCUGCAGCUGAAGCAGUCUGGCGUGCGACCGAAGCACCCGCCACGCACCACUAAAGUGGCCUGAAUCACAACCUCCAGAACAUCAAAUUUAAUAAAUGCAGAUUAUUGAAAACACUUAUUCAGAUAAUUAUCUACUUAACAAUGAGAAACCAACAUCGCAAUAUAAAAAUAUAAUAUUAUUAUGGAGCAAUUGUUAAAGCUUGUGUAUCUAUCACUGGAAUGUCAUCCAAUUCUCAUGUAAACUGUUAUUUAUUAACUAUUAUAUUAUAAAAUGUUAAAUAAGUGCUACUAACUAUUUGUGCAAAACUAGUUAGAGGUGUAUUUUUUAUUUUGAUCAUAGUAUUAUAAUAAAUCAUUCCAAAACUUAA